UAUAAAACAAGGACAAUAAUAAAAUAAAAAAGACAAGGAUAGGUAUAUGGACCCAACAACCAGCGCGAGGUACAUAUAAUACUUUCUAUAUGGUAAGUUUAGGUUGAGGUAGUAUUUCCACUUGGUUCCUUAGGCCUGUUCCCCCAUACUUUCCCUUUCUGGGUGACUACCUGAUUGAGCUGCAAAGCACGGUUUGGCUGCGUCUUUGCCUUUUUCAGUCACUGCUUUCUCACUCUCGGUCUUUUUUUACUUUUACUUUUUUUUUCUAUUUCUAUAUCCUCUCCUCUCCUCCCACCUCUUCAACUUCUCUUUCCUACUUCAACCACUCUCUUCCCCUCCGUUUUCAUACAUCUAUAUUUCCUACCUUCAUUGUGGUACACCCUCUACUUACCUCCACUUCCAAACACUUCUACUACCUACAUAUCACCUGUUACUGCAUUGGGAAGAUUGCUAUUGCCUACCCUGAUCAAAUAUGGCCCCUCUUUCGGACCAGGCCAUAAACAGGGACGAGAAGCUCCACGAGUCGGGGGCUUCUUCUUCGUCUCAGGCCGACGGAGGAUUCGACCUCGGUGAAAAAGAGGCUGAGCCACCCCUGCACAAACCCCAGCUGGGUUUGGCAAAUGACCCUGCGGCUGCUGGAACUACCUUCCAUCAGCUGGAAAACACCGCCUUGGACGGGGGGAAGAUUGAGUUGACAGAAGAAGAUUGCUACGAUCAGCUAGGCUACUCUUUCCCAAGUUGGAGAAAAUGGAUGAUCAUCUCAGUGAUCUUUCUUGUCCAGGUUUCCAUGAAUUUCAACACCAGUUUGUAUUCCAAUGCGCUUGGUGGCAUUUCGGAGGAAUUUGGCGUUAGUAUGCAGGCUGCUCGUUGUGGAGCGAUGAUCUUCCUUGUGCUCUAUGCGUUUGGUUGCGAGCUGUGGGCUCCGUGGAGCGAGGAACUGGGUCGCAAACCGAUUCUCCAGGCGAGUUUGUUCCUGGUUAAUAUUUGGCAACUGCCUGUUGCCCUCGCCCCUAAUUUCGCCUCUAUCAUGGUUGGCCGUGCGCUAGGUGGUCUCAGCUCCGCUGGAGGGUCGGUCACUCUCGGUAUGAUUGCAGAUUUGUGGGAAGCCGAUGACCAGCAAUACGCUGUAGCCUGUGUGGUCUUCUCCUCGGUUGGUGGAUCGGUACUUGGACCAGUUGUGGGUGGCUUUGUUGAAGCAUACCUGCCAUGGCGCUGGAACAUCUGGAUCCAGCUCAUCUUUGGAGGAUUUGUCCAGAUUGCCCAUUUUUUCCUCGUACCCGAGACCCGGACGACUAUUCUGAUGGACAGGAUUGCCAAGAAGAAGAGAGAGAGCGGCGAAAAUCCUAAUAUCUAUGGACCAAACGAGCUCAUCCCCUACAAGGAGCGUUUCUCCAUGAGAGAGAUUCUGAUCACCUGGGUCCGUCCGUUCAAGAUGUUCUUGACUGAGCCGAUCGUCCUCUGUCUCUCUCUUUUGAGUGGUUUCAGUGAUGCCCUGAUCUUCAUGUUCAUUCAAUCAUUCGGUCUUGUGUAUGCGCAAUGGAACUUCAGCACCGUAGCUUUGGGUCUCUCGUUCCUUCCGAUUCUCGUGGGUUAUUUCAUCGCGUGGGCUUCCUUUGUCCCUGCGAUCCGGAGAAAUGUUUACGAACGGCGGAUGCGGCCAGAUGACGAGCAUACCCAAUACGAAUCCCGGCUUUGGUGGCUGUUGUAUACUGCGCCGUGCCUGCCCAUUGGUUUGAUUGGCUUCGCAUGGACCAGUCUGCCGCAGACACACUGGAUUGGAACUAUGGUUUUCUCGGCGAUCGUCGGUAUUGCUAACUAUAGUAUCUACAUGGCUACUAUCGACUACAUGGUCUGCGCAUACGGUCCGUACUCGGCCUCUGCGACGGGUGGAAAUGGAUGGGCGAGAGACUUUCUCGCUGGUGUCCUUACCAUCCCUGCUACUCCAUUUUACCAGAAUAUUGGCGGAAAGUACCAUCUGGAGUACGCGUCUACGAUUCUAUUCUGUAUCUCAUUCGUGCUUGUGAUUGCAGUAUAUGUGAUCUAUUGGUACGGACCGACACUGCGCAAGCGCUCGCCCUUUGCCCAGCAAUUGUCCGAUGCCCGCGUCGAGCUGCAAACCCACGGGCGCCGGCUUUCUAAGAUCCCCUCUGGGUCCCGGGCGAACUCCUUUGCUCGGUCCCAGCAGAACUUGCGCAUCCGUCAAAAUCUUGGGAGCCGUCAGGGAAGCUACAUUGGAUCCCGCCCUGCUUCGCAUGCUAACUCCCGUGUGAAUUCACGCGUCAACUCCCGCCGGAACAGUGUGAAUCAAUAGAUGAGCACGUCUCGACAUCUCUGCAACAUUGGCCUGGGGCCGAUUGAGUUGUAUGAUGACGAUGUUACGGAAACGAUUGACGAAGGUUACUUUCCGCCAUUGGCCGACAUGCAGUGACUCUUGUCUUGGUUACGUCCAGGGUCCUUUUGUGGAAUGGCAAG